AUGGACGAGCUCGAGUUCACCCGAUCGUUGGCUGGCGCGGCAUCGAUGGGUGACGUGGAUCGGAUGCGGGCGCUGCUGGGCGAGAACCGCGGAGGAGUCGAUGCCGCCUCGCCAUCGGGCUACACCGCCUUGCACUACGCGGCACGGUUGGGCCGGAUGGACAUGGUUGAGCUGCUGCUGGCUGCCGGCGCUGACGUGGCCAAGGCGACCAAGGCUCGGGCGGCGACUGCGCUUCACCGGGCGGCUGCCGCUGGACAUGUGGCCGUCGUUGAUGCGCUGCUGGCUGCCGGCGCAGAUGUGAUGGUGGUCGAUGCCCGCGGUGCUACCCCAUUGCAUCGGGCGGCUGGGGAGGGCCGGCUGGCGGUGGCCAAAGCGCUGAUCGCCUCAGGCGCAGACCUGGCAGCGUAG